CAGAAAACAGUGAAAAAGUCUGAUCACAGUUUCCUUAAGUCCAGUGUAACAUCUUGAAAUGUCUUAUUUUGUCCGGCCAACAGUCCAACACCAAAAAUGUUAUGCUUACUAUAGUGUAAGACCAAGAAAAGCAGCAAAUUCUAACAUUUGGAAACCUGGAACCACCAAGUGCUUGGCAUUUUUCCUUGAAAAAUUACUUAAACGAUUAAUUAAUUAUCAAAAUAGUUGAUGAAUUUUCUGUCCAGUGACUAAUAGAUUAAUCAUUGCAGCUCUAAUAGUAUGUAGGUGCACAUGUAUAUGACAAGUUGAUGAAUUCAAAACGCAUUCCGUUUUUAAGCCACUGUUUCACUUCUGUAUUGAACACUUUAAAUUGUGUUUUUAUUUCAUGUGAUAAGGCGUUUCUUAUCUUUAACGGAAAAAUUCUGAAAUACAAGUUAAAGACACUAAAACUUUGAAAGAAGGUCGACUGUCAGAGCUUACCCAAAAAAAGCCAAAUUAUUACUGCAGACAUAUUAGACAUACACCAAAUUUUCCAAAGCGGCCAUCAGGCCCCAGUCUGCCUUGUAGAGCCCGCUGUUUUCCCGCAGAUUGUCUUAUCAGGGGUUGUCAUAGCUGCACCCCGGGACAGCUGAUGGGAGGAGUCAACUGUGCUGAACAUUUCAUGUGUUCCAGAAGAACCUACACGACACCCAAACAGGCAUUUAUUUAGCACCAGCAAGUCUACAAAUAUGUAACAUACUGUUGAUUUUUUGCCGCAAGAGCCUGUCCUGAAUGUGUUCAACAGCCAACUAUGUUCUCCCACUGAGGAGAACCUGUGAGGUAUUAGCCACUCCAGGCAGGCUGUGUGGUGGAGUGCCCAUGCCAACUAAUUUCCCUGGAGCUAGGCCUCAUGGAGCUCCUCAGGACACAGAGAUGGAUAUGGCUUGGCAGGAACUGAUGGCCAUCACAGAGCUGCAGGAGUUUGAAGCUCCUGGCGAAGGCUCCUACGCUCCAGCACAGUACCAAACCAUGGAGCCCAUGGUCCCUAUGGGGGGGUAUGGGAUGGCUCAGUCCCAUUCUGAGCCUGCUCCUGCUGCUUGUGAGCUCAACACCUCUGACACCUACGAAGGAUGUUACUCUGAAGAGGUGCCUGUCUGUCACCGUCUAGGCAGCAAUGCAGAGGCAAUGUACGGACACACUGAAUCUCACCUCAAUCAAAGAAUGCCCCCUGUCUCCUCUCAGACACAGCACUCACUCAUGGCUCUUAGGGAGCAGAUGAACAUGUCAGGUACCAAUCAAGGGCACAGAAGGGCCAAUGCCUGUCUUUCUCAGGGUGUAAGUCGGCACAUGCUGUGGAAUACACAUGGACAUGCUCGUUCAGCUGAUGAUCUGGAGUCGGACUCUGGUCUGUCUCUGGGUUCUAGUCCGCCGAUAGCUUCGCCAGAUAAUGCUGUUGGUGUUGCACCAGGUUACCAGAAUGUAGACAUAGGUAUGACAUAUAGUGAUGGUGAGCCAGACAGAAUGACUGAGCACGCUAGAAGAGCACACAUCCAUUACUCAAUGGACUAUCAGAGUCAAUCUCACUCAUAUUUCCACUCAGGUGCACACCCCUCUUAUUUCCCUCCCCAACCCACUUUAUCUCAUACGCAACCUAAUGCUCUGACACCUCGGUCGGUGAAACAACAGGCUCAGGUCGCUGCUCUGAAUGACCUGUACAAUGACUCCGGAGUGUCCACCAGAGGGAGCUCACAGCAUAACAUAUAUGCAAAACCACAAGGAAGUGUCUCCAGUCCUGCACCACUGAGCAGGGAUGAGAGGCGGGCUGUGGCUUUGAAGAUCCCCUUCCCCAUGGAUAAGAUUAUCAAUCUGCCUGUGGAUGACUUCAAUGAGCUCCUGACACAGUAUUCUCUGACUGAAACUCAACUAGCACUGGUCAGGGACAUUAGACGGAGGGGGAAGAACAAAGUGGCAGCUCAGAACUGCAGGAAGAGGAAGCUUGAGAGCAUCAUUCAUCUUGAAAGAGAACUGGGCCAGCUGCAGGCCCAGAGAGAGAACCUGGCACAGGAAAGGCUCCAGUUCCAGCGCAGCUUGGCUUUUAUUAAAUGUCGCCUUACAGACCUCUAUGCAGAAGUGUUUUCUCACUUACGAGAUGAAGAUGGACAACCAUAUUCAAUAGAUGAAUACUCCCUACAACAGACACCUGAUGGUAAAGUCUAUUUGGUACCUCACACAAAUAUGCAAAAGAGGGAGCAAUGCUAAAAAAUGGCCUUCAUUACCUAUUUAUUCUGUUACAGAAGGUAUACUGUCUUAUUGUGCCAAUUGAAAGUACUUUACAGGCUGGAAAUUACAUGUUCAUUUCAAGGAAUUAACCCUUGUAAGCAAGACUUGUCAUACAUGUAUAAAUGGACUUUUUUUCUCUACAAUGACUGAAACCACACCGGAGCCCGUUAUAAAAAAUACUUUAUUAAAAAAAGUAAAAAAGA